AUGGCGUCUCUAUCACUUCCCGUUCAAAAUCCUCUAUUAGUUUCUCCUUCUAAUCUUUUCAGGAAACAGAGGUUAAGGAUGACCUCCUCCUUGACUUCAAUGGCAUCUUCACUUGGCACUGUUCGCGGCUUUGGCCUACGUGUUGUUAAGAUGCAAGCUGUUGACGAAGAUAUUGAUCUGAAGCAAAUGCGAGACAUGGCUGCUGCUAAAAAGCGUUGGGAUGGUUUGUUAAGGGAAGGAAAAGUGAAGCUUCUUACACCAAGAGAAGCAGGCUAUGCUAUUCAGCUCUCAAACAAACCUUUACUCGAUGUCCGCCCCUCCAGCGAGCGGGACAAGGCAUGGGUUAAAGGCUCCACCUGGGUUCCUGUCUUUGACAAUGAUGAUAACCUUGAUGCUGGAACUCUUUCCAAAAAAGUCACCAGUUUUGCUAUGGGGGGAUGGUGGAGUGGUGCACCUACAUUAUCUUUUAAUAAGUUCUUUUUGUCAAAGGUUGAAGAGAAAUUCCCAAAAGAAGCAGACCUGAUUGUUGCUUGCCAAAAAGGAUUGAGAUCUUUAGCUGCUUGCGAGCUACUGUAUAAUGCGGGGUAUGAGAAUCUUUUCUGGGUCCAAGGCGGUUUAGAGUCUGCUGGAGAAGAGGAUCUAGUCACAGAAGGUGCUAAGCCCUUGAAGCUUGCUGGAAUUGGGGGGUUUUCAGAGUUCCUCGGUUGGACAGACCAGCAAAGAGCUCAAGCUGCCAAAGAAGGUUGGGGGUACCGUUUAGUAUAUUCUGCUCGUCUGGUUGGAGUUGUUCUGGCUGCCGAUGCUUUGCUCGUUGGUGCCCAGCAACUGGGUCAUUAUAUUCAGGACUUAAGAGGCCAUUAG